AUGAGCCAGGAUAACAACGGCAUUGAAGCACCUACCCAGGCUGAGAGAGAUACUUUUGCCAACACAUACAUUAGGUUAUCCUGUGUUGUCAAGGAUGCCCGCACCCAUGUCAAAGAGCUCGAGCGAUUAUGUGGAGAGCUUGGUCAUGAGGUUGGACUAUUGAAAAAGGAGCGCUCUGAGCUUAUUGCUGACCCUGGUCUGGAGGCUCGAAUAGUCGACAUGUCGACCGAGCGAGAUUCGCUGCUGUCGGAGGUUGGAAACUUGAGCACCGACCUGGAUACACUUGCCCAAGCGCAGACUGCUCGUGGCGUCCUCGAUGCAGCCAGUGGCAAUCCGAUGCGGGAGAUACAUGUCCAACUAAGCCGGGCCGAGAAGGAAGCCAAAAGGAGUCUACGGAGAAAAGAGGAGAGGGACGAGGCCCGUGCGAGGUUGGCUGAACUCGAGUCUCGGCUUGAGGAUGUGGAGAAGUCGCGCGUCGGAUGGGGCCAGCGGCGUGGGGUGCUGGAGACCGAGGUUCGAGACUUGGAGGUCCGUGUGGAGAGAGAAAAGGAUGGGUCUGGAGCCAAGGAGGCCUUUGCGUUGGAGAGGCAGCAGUGGGAAAAGGAACGGAUGGCAUUGCUGGAUAGGGCCGUACGGGAUGAGCAAGCCCUCGAUGUUGCCAAGGACCCCGACACGGCCGGGACCAACCAGAAGCUUCGAAGACAGUUGGAAGAGUACAAGGCUGAAGUCGAGUCACAGGGGAAAUAUGCUGAACAAGCGGAUGCUACAAUCAAGGCGUUGGAAGUCGAUGUCAACCGUCUCAACAAGGAGCUCGAGAACGCCCGAAAGGCCGGCCGUCGGAGUCCACAGUCGGACGAAGGGUAG